AUGUUUUUCCUUAAUUUUGUGAGGAUACCAUUCCAAAAUUUUGCAAAUUUAACACAUUACGGUAUUAAUUCAGCGGGAAGAAAUUUUUAUUUGCGAGGAGAGAAUGGAUUGCGAUUGGGAUGUUGGCAUAUAUUACCUUCUGAGUUAGCCAUGAGCUAUCGGUACUCAAUAUUAAAUGCGAGAGAAAUGGAACUUCUUAUGGCAACAGAAAAUAAUCCAGUAAUUGUAUAUUUGCAUGGCAAUUCAUUUGAUCGAUCACAAUCAACUCGCUGUGGAUUGUAUAAUUUAUUGACUAAUAUGGGUUUUCAUGUGUUAGCUUUAGAUUAUCGUGGAUAUGGCGAUUCAAAUGGUUCACCAAGUGAAAAUGGUUUAAUUGAGGAUGCAAAAGAGAUAUUUCGAUAUGCCAGAAGUCGUUCGGGUUCAAAUAACAUAUAUUUAUGGGGGCAUUCAAUGGGGACGGCAAUUGCUACAGCAGCUGCAAUGGAAUUCAGUGAAAAAGGAUUGUCACCAACUGGUUUGAUCCUAGAAUCACCAUUCAAUAACCUCAGUGAUGUUGUUACUCACCAUCCAUAUGCAAUACCAUUUCGUUGGUUGCCAUGGUUUAAAAAUAUGGUAUUAGAAUCAUUAGACAGAUCCGGUUUAGAUAUGAGCACCGAUUAUCGUAUCACAAAGGUGGAUUGUCCAGUUUUGAUAUUGCAUGCCGAAGAUGACCAUAUUAUUCCGCUGCAGUUGGCUCGUAAGUUACGUGACAGUGCAAUGGCUGCUAAACGUGAUGUGACGCUAAAAGAAUUCGAUGCAAGCCGUAAUUUUCACCACAAAUUCAUCUAUCUGGCUGAAGAAUUGCCUAGAAUUCUAAGGCGAUUUGUGGAGAAAUGUACUUUAAAAACCAAGAAAGCACAGGAAUAG